AUGCGCGGACCAUGCUGGACAUGUCGCAGUCGCACAAUCCAGUGUGAUCAGUCCCGCUUUCCGUGCUUAAAGUGUGAGAAAGCGGGCUUGGAAUGCUUCGACAAAAGACCGCUGAGAUGGGUCAAAGGCGUGGCGAUCCGGGGAAAGAUGCGCGGGCUAAGCUUUGAAGGAGCUUCUGGCGCCUUUAAUAAUCUACGAUUCGCGCGGCAGAGGCGGAGUCAGCCUUUACUCGAUUCAGCAACACGUUCAGCAGCGAACAUCGGCCCCUGCCCUGCGUUGCAGGAUUCGCGUAUACAUAAUUUGGAUCGGCUGUCGAGAUUUUAUAUUGAUUAUUACAACAAACGCAUCUGCAAACUAUACAUCUUGUAUGAUAGCGAUAGCAAUCCAUUCCGGAACUUACUUCCUUACGCUCUGGAAGAUUCAGCUCUGCGAAAAUCCAUCGUCGCUCUCGCAGCGCGUCACUUUGCAAACACAGGUCACUCCUUUGAUCAGGUCGAUGCGGACAUUUCCCCACAAUUUGUAAAUGCCAAUCUAGAUGCGCUAUUUUUCAAAAAGCAAACUCUAGAGGCACUUUCAUUGUCACUGUCCCAUGCAGAGCAUUGCAAGACGACCGCGACAUGGGCAACUAUUCUACUCCUUAUAUUUCUUGACCUUCUUGAAUCUGGUAUUGAUGGCUGGAGUAUCCAUCUUCAAGGCGCCAAAGGUCUUCAUAUCGUUUAUAAGUCACUUGUCGAGUCAGACUUCAGUAGCCAUUUCGAUAAUGUUCGUGGAGAGACGGCCCAUGAGAUAAGGCAAUUUAUCGCCAAACAGCUUUCGUUGAUUGAAACUCUUGGUUCUGCGCUCUCAUUCCCUACGUCAUGUUUCACUCCAGUAUUACAAUACUCUGUCGAAGACAAAGAAGAUAGGCAUCAAGAGUCCAUUGUGAGGAGUUUCCUCGGAUGCCCACAAUUUAUUCUAAGAGCUGUACGGUUUUUUUCCGACCAACGAAUAAUUUUGAGGGAUAUUGAGAACCACGAUGACAUCCUUGCUCAUGAAAAUGUACGAGACACCGUUGAAAUGCUCGAGCUGACUGAAAAGUUCGAUUCCUUUGCGUGGGCAUCCAACUUCCAGCGAACUAGCUCCUCCUCUACGACAGACAUCAACAAACUCUGUAUGCUAUCGCAGGCAUACCAGUCUGCUGCUUUGCUAUACGGAAGGGAAGUUCUUGGAACUUCACGGACUGCAAAACAUGAAAACGAGGAAUUGGUUUCCCGAUUGCUUGGGUUGAUUGAAGCACUCAAAGGCGACGCGGCAUUGUUUAAGUGUCUGAUCUGGCCGACUUUUAUUGUCGGUAUUGGUUGCUGGGCACAAAGCCAACGUACCUUUGUCACUGAGUCUUUGAGACUGCUCUGGGACUCUACAGGUUGUUUGAAUGUAAUCAACGCUUCAAAGAUUUUGCGAGACCAUUGGGAACGGAAAGAUCAGCAAGGAACCCCAAUGCGAAGGGAUUCUGACAUAGAUGGGCUGGAUUCUGGUUGGCUUCUCAUAUGA